AUGAAGGUCCACUCGUCCUUGCGAUACAACUCGCCGCUUUGCCAAGUCGUCUUGGUCUCAUUCGUCUGCUUUGCAACAGUCGGAAUGUUCUCGGCAGUGUCUAACCUGGGUGCCGGUGGUACCCAGUCCAUUACGCUGUCCAACAUCACCAACGCCAUUCUCUAUGCCCUCUUCGCCUUGACCGGUCUUGUCGCCGGUUCGUUCAACAACAUCUUUGGUCCUCGCAUUACCCUCUUCUGCGGCUCGCUCGGCUACGCUCUCUACCUCGCUGCUCUCUGGGUGUACCAGGAGAAGGCUCAGGAUUGGUUCCUCAUCUUCUCGGGCGCCGUUCUCGGCGCAUGUGCCGCUCUCCUCUGGACUGCUCAGGGUUGCAUCAUGCUUUCCUACCCUCUCGAGGCCGAAAAGGGUCGCUCCUUCAGUAUCUUCUGGGCUAUCUUCAACAGUGGCUCGCUCAUGGGUGGUCUCAUUGCACUCGGCAUCAACCUCAAGCAGGGUGGUCUGGACGCAGUCAAGGUUACGACCUACAUCGCCUUCUUUGCUGUCAUCAUGGUCGGUGUCGCCCUCACCUGGACCCUCCUUCCUCCCAACCGCGUCGUUCGUACUGACGGAACCCUCGUCAAGGUCCAGAAGAGCAACACUGUCAAGCAGGAGGUAGGCGCUCUGCUCAGCACGCUCAAGAAGCGCGAGAUCUUGCUUCUCAUUCCCAUGUUCUUCGCCAGUAACUUCUUCUACCCUUACCAAGGCUCGAUCGCUUUCAAGUCUUUCGACAGCGCCACCCGCAGUGUCAAUGGUGUGGUCAAGUCGGUCGGUCAGAUUCUCGGUGCCUUGACCCUCGGUUUCCUGCUCGACAAGCUGCCCAUGCAGCGUCGCAACCGUGGCCUUGUCGGUCUCGCCGUUACGGCCAUCUUCACCACGAUCGCUUACAGCUGGGGCAUCAAGUACCAGAUCCCCAUCACCCGUGCCACCAACUGGCCCAAGAAGAUCAACUACGAGGACUCUGCCUUUGGCGAGCCGAUGGCCAUAUUCGUGCUGUACGACAUUGGCGAUGCCUUCUACCAGGGUUUGGCCUACUGGAUCAUGGGUGCCAUCACCAACGACCCCUUUGAGCUGGCUCGCUUUGCCGGUAUGUACAAGGCUGUGCAGUCGGCGGGGGCUGCUGCUGCCUUUGCCAUGGAUGCGACGCUGGUGCCUUACAUCAACGAGAUCGGCGCCGUGUUUGGCCUCAUGCUCUUCUCGUUCCCCUUUGCCGCCAUGGUCAUCUGGGGCAUCCGCGAUUCCAACUACGAGGUCGAGGAGCAGGUCUACAUCGACGAGGCCGCCGCCGAGAACACCAACACUGUCGCUGUCCUCGAGGGCGGUCAGCAGACCAGCCCCGCUUUCGACCGCCAGUCCUCGGGCAGCAGCGAGAAGAAGAUCUAA